GUUGCUGGAGUAUGUAUCGUAUUCGUAUUCGUACACAAUUUUCUGUUUUGUUUUUAUAUAUUUUAUUUUGGCUAGAAAUACUAGAUGCUGCUCUAGACGGACACAGUUCUGGUUCAAGUCCACAUUUCAACCAAAUUUCCACUACAACUUAAAGAAACCGAUGGCCACUUCUCACCACGGGACUGCGGGAGUACAAACCCCACUACUAGAUGACGUCGUAGAGGGUGCCGUCGACUACAAAGGCCGCCCAGUACACAGAUCCAGAUCUGGCGGCUGGCGUUCCGCGUGGUUUAUAAUAGGGGUGGAGGUUGCAGAGAGGUUCGCAUACUAUGGAAUCAGCUGCAACCUCAUCACCUUUCUGACGGGGCCUUUGGGGCAGUCCACGGCCACGGCCGCUGAGAAUGUCAACAUUUGGUCCGGAACGGCGUCGUUGCUUCCUUUGUUGGGAGCCUUUGUGGCUGAUUCUUUUCUUGGACGCUACCGCACUAUUGUUUUUGCUUCUCUGCUCUAUAUUUUGGGACUUGGCUUGUUGACCCUGUCAGCCGUGCUUCCUUCUCUCACUGGUUCUGACUGCCAAAAGAUCAAUCAAUCCACAUCAUGUUCUUCUCAGUUUCAAGUAUUGUUCUUCUUCUUCUCUCUGUAUCUGGUAGCUGUUGCGCAAGGUGGACACAAGCCUUGCGUUCAGGCUUUCGGAGCUGAUCAAUUUGAUGCGUCAGAUCCAGAGGAGUGCAAAGCCAAAAGCUCAUUCUUUAAUUGGUGGUAUUUUAGCUUAUGUUUCGGUACCACAUUUACACUUAUACUAUUGACCUACAUACAGGACAACCUGAGUUGGGGUCUGGGUUUUGGAAUUCCUUGUAUUGCGAUGGUCCUUGCACUGUUUAUUUUCUUGCUCGGAACUAGAACUUACCGGUAUAGUAUCAAAGGGGACGAGGAAAGCCCAUUUGUAAGAAUUGGAAGGGUGUUUGUCACUGCAUUAAGGAACUGGCGAACUACUCCUUCAGCAAUAACUUCUGAAGAGGAAUCCCGCGGAACCUUGCCUCACGAAAGUUCUGAACAAUUCAAGUUCCUGAACAAAGCAUUGCUUGCACCGGAUGAUUUGAAGGAAAACAGAAAGGUGUGUACUGUCGCUGAGGUUGAAGAAGCAAAAUCUGUUCUUAGGCUUUUUCCAAUAUGGGUUACAUGCUUGGCAUAUGCGGUUGUGUUUGCACAGUAUUCAACUUUCUUCACUAAGCAAGGUGCCACCAUGGACAGAACAAUUGCACCGGGCCUUGAUAUACCAGCCGCUUCACUUCAGACUUUCAUCAGCAUUACCAUUGUCAUCUUCGUUCCCAUUUAUGAUCGCAUUUUUGUUCCAAUAGCUAGAGUUUUCACCAGGAAACCUUCGGGAAUUACAAUGCUGCAAAGAAUUGGGAUUGGUAUGUUUAUAUCUAUUAUUUCCAUGGCAGUUGCAGCUCUAGUUGAGAUGAAAAGGCUCAAAACUGCCAAAGAUUAUGGUCUGCUUGAUAUGCCAAGUGCCACGGUUCCAAUGAGUAUUUGGUGGUUGGUUCCUCAGUACUUGUUGGCCGGAUUGGCCGAUGUUUUCACAAUGGUUGGUCUGCAAGAGUUUUUUUAUGAUCAGGUGCCAAAUGAAUUAAAGAGUAUCGGACUUGCCCUCUACCUCAGUAUUUUUGGUGUGGGAAGCUUUCUGAGCAGCUUUCUUAUCUCCGCCAUUGAUGACGCAACCACUUGGGCAGGGGAAACUAGCUGGUUUUCCACUAAUCUCAACCGUGCACAUCUGGAUUACUUCUAUUGGCUACUUGGUGGAAUCAGUGUAGUAGAAUUGGCUAUCUACUUGUAUUUUGCAAAAUCUUACAUUUAUAAUAGGGCAGGUACAGUAUAAAUACGUGCCUUGCUCAGUUGCAUUUCAUAGAGAAAUGCAAAGGAGCAUUAUGAUUUAAAUAGGACUCUAUCCAUCACUUCCUUUGUUGUAAAUCCGAAAAGUGAAUUUGUAUGAAUUUGUAUGAUUUAAAUAGUUCCGUUCUCUGGGUUUUUUUUUCGGUCAAACGCUGGGAAGGGGAGCGGGUGUAAUAUGCAUGGGGUGGGUUUUUUGAAAGAUCAUCUCAUAUGGAUCGAACCCGGGUUGACAAUUUGGGGGGAGGGGGGAAAUGGUUGCCGCUCAAGCACUGCGGCAAAACCCCAUUUUCUAGAAUUGUAUAUGAAGAGUUUGGUAUAAUAAGGUUUAAUUACAUUUUUGGUUGC